AUGCUAACUCGCGCGCGGCAAUCUGCUGCGUACAGCGGCGCGGCUCUGCUCGGGCGUCUCCCGGGCGGGCUCCUGUGGAGCGGGCUCUCGCCGAACAGCGAGUACGCGGCCGGGCGUGCGGUGCUCGAGAGUCGAGGCGAGGUCCUCGCGGCGAUCGACCACUUUGACGCCGCUAUACGCGGGAACCCAAACCUGUGGCCGGCGCAUGCCAACCUUGCGGCGGUUCAAGCGGGGCUCGGCGACGUCAUGGCGGCGCUCGAGGCGACUCUUAGCGUAGCAGACGCAGCCCAUGCUGCAGAGAAGAGGUAA